GUCGCACGUUGCAUGUCGUUUGUUACAUCGCGUUAAUCUGUCGAAGUUGUUAUGCUAAAAUCUGUGUUCUUUGUUAUGUACUGUAUAUUUUCAGUGCAAACAUUCAGAAUAUUCCUUAUAUAUUAAUAGAUUAUCUAAUAUUCUUUUGUUUAUGAAUAUUUUUUAAUAGAAAAUAUGGCCACACAGAAAGAAAGGUAUCAGCUCAACAAAUAUCAAAUCGUUAUAAUAUGCAAGAUCCUAUUUUGAACCAACUUGGAGUAUUACGUCCAAAAAAUGCUUUAUCUCUAUCAUACCGGGAUACCACUCCGACACUUAUAAAUUUACUGAAAGUAGUAUCAAGAAUUUUGGGUUGCCAAAAUAAUAACGUUAUGCAAGUAAUAGACAAUCAAUGGCGGCGUCUUCCUUUCUUAGUUUCCCUUUUGCCUAAAAAUGUUGGAAAACCAGAUAUUUGCGUUGACAAAUUUUGGAACCAAAUUUUAGACUAUAAUAAUGCUGUUGGAAAAUCUGAAUUCCAUGAAUUGGCUACAUUUGCUCUUGACAUACUAAGUUUGCUACAUUCAAAUGCAGAUUGUGAACGAAUUUUUAGUCAAAUCAAUAUGAUGAAGACAAAAUACAGAAAUAAAUUGAAAAUUGAAACAGUCAAUGGAUUAUUACUAACAGCUGAGUACGUGAAACAAUCCGGAGAGGAAAAUUGUAUUACAUUUCAACCAACAAAUGAAAUGUUACAGAAGAUGACAUCUAUUGUUUUAUAUCCACGAAAAAAAAAACAAGAAGAGGCAAUAAACGAGGACAGUGAAACAGAAAUUUUUUUUUAAUGAUAAAUUGUUUUAAAAUUAAAUAUUUUAUUCUGUUGAGAAUUUAGAGAAUUGUUUCGUUUAAUGUGAUUAGAAAUUUAUGAUAAUUUGUGGUAGAUGUGAGAGGAUUCAUAGAUACUUGCAAUAUUAUAAAAUAU